AAGAUCGACCAUUGACCAAAUGGUUCCGAAAAGUGAGAUGGCAGUAGUGACCUGUUCCUCUUCUUUGCUCAGUUGCACGCCACCCAAUACGGACUUGAACCGCUUGCGCCACCAAUGGUCUGUUACCUCGUAGCACCCAUUGCUCCAUAUGGCUUCAAGUGCUUCCUUGCCUGCAGACGCUAGUGUUUCCACGACAUGCAGACGGGAUUGCUGACCUCCGUGACCUCCGCCGUGGGGGUGGUUCUUGCAGCCAUUGCCUAUAGGCUGGGAUCCUGCCUGCGGAUUCACUGGACUCAACGCAACACCCACGUGCUAAUCGCAGCGGCCCAUAAAUACUGGUGUAUGCGGCAUAAAAGUUCAUACCCUGGCUAUGUAGGGCUGCGUCUCAGCACUUUGGUCCGAAACGUCAGUUCGGUCAAUUUGUUGAAUUAGCCCGAUGAUCCGACAAUUCUCAGCCACACUUCCCCCCUCGAGUCGUUCCCGUAAACACUUUCAAUACAGCCUAUCAGACAUCUGUACGGCAUCUGUCGUCCAUCGUAGGAACUGGAAAUAUUGAAGUCCAUACUGCGAUGUUAUCGCUAUACCGUCGCGCUAUAUCACUACUCACUCUGACUGUGAUGAUAAAUUAAUCAGGACUACAUUGCGCGCUUUCGGCAAGAGAUGGGAUGCCCUCUGUAAUGCUACUAGUAUCGACGUCUGAAUCCUGCCAACAGAUUGAGGGUUAGCAGCAUCUGCUCGUGGGUCGCUCGUUGAAGUAACUCUUGGGGCUGUUUACCUCUCUGGCGUUGUCCGAAAUGUUCAUUAUGCUCAUUCCAACAUGCCAACGUGGGCCUUGACUGCCUAGAACAUACCAGUGUGAAGCGAUACAGGCUAGAAUGCAUGGGUGUCGACACG